GCUGUAGCGGCUCGCCCGCACUGCAGAUUAACUCUUAGCAGGCCGAGGAUGCACAGGACCGGGCUUUCUCUUCCGUGAUCCAAGGGUCCCACAAAGAUGGACCUUUGCUCUGCAUCUUCGCUCCGGGGUGAAGUUUCCUCUAGAAGAAGGACAGGAGGUAUCCCUGUUGCUCUGGGCACGGUACAAACUUACAAACUCAUCUGCGAGGAACCACACUCUUUGAGAACUAAGAGAAAGAUCAUAUGUCCUCUCUUCAACCUGACACACUGUGUGUGGACAAAAGCACAGAAUGUACACAGCACAACUGGAACACACUGAAAACCACUGACUGAACCUAAUGUUCUUCCUCAAUGUUGGAAGAGACAGUCAGAGAGCGUUGUUUGUCCCACUCACUCUCAGUGAACAUACCCCAGACUGUCCUGUGUGAGUAAAGGUAGCUAGGAGGACGGGGCAAGAGGUGGGAGGUCCCACUCACAGUCAGUGAAGAUCCCAAGACACCCAAGAGACUAUCCAUCAAGACCCAGCCAUUACUGACUUUACAUAGCCUCAUAACCAGGUCUGGCCCGGAGACAGCCAGUCCUGUGUGUGUGGAAGUAGCCCAGUGUGUGUGGGUGGAGGUAUCUAGGAGGAGGGGGCGCCAGUUGUCUUCUCAGGCCGGAUGCAGAACAUCCUCGAGCAGAACUUAGACAUGGCCACGGCUCUGCUGGCGGGGGAGAAGCUGAAGGAGCUGAUUCUGCCUGGCUCUUCCCAGGAUGAGAAGGGAGGCAUGCUGGCCGGCCUCAUGGUCCAGCUCAAACUAGAGCUACCAUUUGACCGCGUCGUCACCAUCGGCACCGUCAUUAUCCCCAUCCUGCUUGUCACACUCGUCUUCACAAGGAAUUUCGCAGAGGAGUCAAUCUACUGCUACACGCCUCACAACUUCACCCGUGACCAGGCCCUGUACGCGCGAGGCUACUGUUGGACAGAGCUGCAUGACGCCGUGCCCGGGGUGGAGCCUGAACUUCGACCUUCGCUGUUCGAGCACAAGUUCCUGCCCUAUGCUCUGCUGGCCUUUGCUGGCAUCAUGUACAUCCCUGCUCUCGGCUGGGAGUUCAUGGCCUCCACAAGACUUACCUCCGAGCUCAACUUUCUGCUUCACGAGAUAGACAACUGCUACCACCGGGCGGCCGAGGGCCGGGCCCCUAAAAUCGAGAAGCAGAUCCAGUCUAAAGGACCGGGUAUCACUGAGAAAGAGAGACGUGAGAUCAUUGAGAAUGCGGAGAAGGAGAAGAGCCCCGAGCAGAACCUGUUUGAGAAGUACCUGGAGAGACGAGGCCAGAGCAACUUCCUGGCCAAGCUGUACCUGGGGCGCCACCUGGCCAUCAUCUGCCUCAGCUCCAUCCCCAUCUCCUACCUGAGCGCCUACUGGCACCGCCAGCGCCAGAAUGAGUUCAGCUGUGCCCUGGGGGAGCCUCCAGACACCAGCAGCAUCCCAGAGCUGAGGCUCAGCGUCAACUGCAAACUGCCGGCCGUGCAGCUGCAGAGGAUCAUGGCCGCCGUGGACAUCGCCCUGCUGAGCACCAUGAACCUCGUCAUCCUGGUCAACCUGCUGCACCUGUUUGUGGUGCGCAAGUCCAACUUUGUGUUCGACAAACUGCACAAGGUGGGCAUCAAGACGCGGAGGCGCUGGCAGAAGUCCCAGUUCUGCGACAUCAACAUUCUGGCCAUGUUCUGUAACGAGAACCGUGACCACAUUAAGUCACUCAACCGUCUGGACUUCAUCACCAAUGAGAGCGACCUCAUGUAUGACAACGUGGUGAGGCAGCUGCUGGCCGCGCUGGCCCAGUCUAACCAAGAUGUCACGCCCACAGUGAGGGACUCAGGCAUCCAGACCCUAGAUCCCAAUAUGGACCCCUCUCUCCUGGGGGUAGGGGAGCUGGGAGGGGAGCCACUGGUCAUCAAACGACCACGCAAGAAGAUGAAGUGGAUCCCCAGCUCCAACCCUCUCCCGCAGCCCUUUAAGGAACCUCUGACAAUGACGCGUUUGGAGAACAGCGUUAAGCCUGAGAAGCCCAAACUGGUGAGGAGGAAAACAGUGGCAGAGAGCUACGUCGCUCCUUUAAGCAAGAGCACACAGUACUCUGCUAAAGAUAUGAGCACGCUGGAGAAAAAGCAUAGUCGCAACUUUUCCCUGGAUGUCCACCCGUACAUGCUGACCAUCCGUAAGCCCACCAAAGUCGAGACAGUCAGCGCAGAGCCUCUACCCCCAGACCACACCUUGGACUCGGUGUUCAUUGAGGGCACACACACCAUUGUCCAUGUCUCCGCUUCUAUCACAGGUCAUGUGGUCUGGAAAAAUUCUGGGCCUGUGUACCGUUCUGUUUUCUCUCUCUCUCUCUCUUUAGAAAAGAAAGAUCGCACUCCAGAAUCCACCAACACAGUCUUCUCUACAAUGACCGUCCCCACCAGCACCUAUAUGAACGGUGCCACUCCCAGCCCUAACCCACCAUUUCUCGCUGACCGCCACCUUAUAGAACCCCUGAUCGAGCAAGAGGAGCCUGAAGAUGCCCAGCCUGCAGUCUUCACUCGGAUCCCUUCCCACCAGCUGCUCAGUAUGCAUCAGCUACUCAGUAUGGAGGAAGAGGAGGCUAGAGGCCCGGGGGCCAGACUGUCUGAGAGACCCGGGGGGGAACUGAUCUCUGCUGGGGAGUGUUGAGGAGGAGACACACACAUCCCAUCCCACCUAUAGCCAAAAACCACAUUGUCCCCCUAACCCCUAGUUAUGCUGUGCUCAUACCUCACUACUCCUCUGGUGAAGGCACUGAUUGCGAGUGCUGAUGGUGCUGAACCAGAAUUUUUAGCUGGAGUGUUGAAGAUUUAACAAGAAGGAGCAUAAGAGAGGAUAGUGGUUCAAUGUGUUCUGAUCUACCCAUAGUCAUCUGACUGCUGUUACUCUCUCCACACAUGAAGACUUCGGUGAAAUGCACACAGGAGCAUUACCUUUGCAGAUCCUGCACAGUUGAAUGGAGCAUUUGUUGGUCAUGUUCUUGACUUGGAGAGGAAGCAGCUCUUCAUGAAAAAGAUAAGAAGGAGAAUAGGGAAGACAUACGGUUUGAAGCUUUUUAAACACAUUUUAGAAAAGCACACAAUCUAUAGUCCAUUCGGAAAGUAAUCAGGGCCCUUCACUUUUUCCACAUUUUGUUACGUUACAGCCUUAUUCUAAAAUGGAUUAAAUAGUUUUUUCCCCAUCAAUCAACACACAAUACCACAUAAUGACUAAGCAAAAACAUUUUUUUUUUAAUUUUUGCAAAUGUAUAAAAAAAUAAUCAUGAAAUAUCACAUUUACGUACACUACCGCUAAAAACGUUUGUGGUCACUUAGAAAUGUCAUUGUUUUUGAAAGAAAAGCACAUUUUUUUGUCCAUUAAAAUAAGAUCACAUUGAUCAGAAAUACAGUGUAGACAUUGUUAAUGUUGUAAAUCACACCUGACUAUUGACUAUUGUAGCUAUUGUAGCUAAUGACUAUUGUAGCUGGAAACGGCUGAUUUUUAAUGGAAUAUCUACAGUUGAAGUCGGAAGUUUACAUACACCUUAGCCAAAUACAUUUAAACUCAGUUUUUCACAAUUCCUAACAUUUAAUCCCGGUAAACAUUCCCUGUUUUAGGUAAGUUAGGAUCACCACUUUAUUUUAAGAAUGUGAAAUGUCAGAAUAAUAGUUGAGAAUGAUUUAUUUCAGCUUUUAUUUCUUUCAUCACAUUCCCAAUGGGUCAGAAGUUUACAUACACUCAAUUAGUAUUUGGUAGAAAUGCCUUUAAAUUGUUUAACUUGGGUCAAAGGUUUCGGGUAGCCUUCCACAAGCUUCCCACAAUAAGUUGGAUGAAUUUUGUCCAAUUCCUCCUGACAGAGCUGGUGUAACUGAGUCAGGUUUGUAGGCCUCCUUGCUCACACACGCUUUUUCAGUUCUGCCCACAAAUUUUCUAUAGGAUUGAGGUCAAGGCUUUGUGAUGGCCACUCCAAUACCUUGACUUUGUUGUCCUUAAGCCAUUUUGCCACAACUUUAGAAGUAUGCUUGGGGUCAUUGUCCAUUUGGAAGACCCAUUUGCAACCAAGCUUUAACUUUCUGACUGAUGUUGCUUCAACAUAUUCAUAUACUUUUCCUCUCUCAUGAUGCCAUCUAUUUUGUGAAGUGCACCAGCUCCUCCUGCAGUAAAGCACCCCCACCACAUGAUGCUGCCACCCCCAUGUUUCACUGUUGGGAUGGUGUUCUUCGGCUUGCAAGCCUCCCCCUUUUUCCUCCAAACAUAACGAUGGUCGUUAUGGCCAAACAGUUCUAUUUUUGCUUCAUCAGACCAGAGGACAUUUCUCCAAAAAGUACGUUCUUUGUCCCCAUGUGCAGUUGCAAACCGUAGUCUGACUUUUUUAUGGUAGUUUUGGAGCAGUGGCUUCUUCCUUGCUGAGUGGCCUUUCAGGUUAUGUCGAUAUAGGACUUGUUUUACUGUGGAUAUAGAUACUUUUGUACCCGUUUCCUCCAGCAUCUUCACAAGAUCCUUUGCUGUUGUUCUGGGAUUGAUUUGCACUUUUUGCACCAAAGUACAUUAAUCUCUAGGAGACAGAACGCGUCUCCUUCCCAAGUGGUAUGAUGGCUUCGUGGUCCCAUGGUGUUUAUACUUGCGUACUAUUGUUUGUACAGAUGAACGUGGUACCUUCAGGCAUUUGGAAAUUUCUCCCAAGAAUGAACCAGACUUGUGGAGGUCUACAAUUUUGUUUUCUGAGGUCUUGGCUGAUUUCUUUUGAUUUUCCCAUGAUCUCAAGCAAAGAGGUAGUGAGUUUGAAGGUAGGCCUUGAAAUACAUCCACAGGUACACCUCCAAUUGACUCAAAUGAUGUCAAUUAGCCUAUCAGAAGCUUCUAAAGUCAUGACAUAAUUUUCUGGAAUUUUCCAAGCUGUUUAAAGGCACAGUCAACUUAGUGUAUGUAAAUGUCUGGCCCACUGGAAUUGUGAUACAGUGAAAUAAUCUGACUGUAAAUAAUUGUUAGAAAUUAUUUACAGACAGAGAUGUGCUAACUGACUUGCCAAAACUAUAGUUUGUUAACACGAAAUUUGUGUGUCAUUGAAAAAUGAGUUUUAAUGAUACCAACCUAAGUGUAUGUAAACUCCUGACUUCAACUGUACAUAGGCGUAUAGAAAACCCUUUUGCAAUUAUGUUAGCACAGCUGAAAACUGUUAUCCUUAUUAAAGAAGCAAUAAAUCUGGCUUUUAGACUAGUUGAAUAUCUGGAGCAUCAGCAUUUGUGGGUUCGAUUACAGGCUCAAAAUGGCCUUUCUUCUGAAACUUGUCAGUCUGUUCUUGUUCUAAGAAAUUAAAACUAUUCCAUGCGAGAAAUUGCCAAGAAACUGAAGAUCUCGUACGACGCUGUGUACUACUCCAAUCACAGAUCAACGCAAACUGUCUCUAAUCAGAAUAGAAAGAGGAGUGGGAGGCCCCGCUGCACAACUGAGCAAGAGGACAAGUACAGUAGAGUGUCUAGUUUGAGACAGACGCCUCAAGUCCUCACCUGGCAGCUUUAUUAAAUAGUACCUUCAAAACACCAGUCUCAACGUCAACGGUGAAGAGGCGACUCUGGGAUGCUGGCCUUCAAUGCAGAAAAAGCCAUUUCUCAGACUGGCCCAUAAAAAUAGAAGAUUAAGAUGGGCAAAAGAACACAGACACUGGACAGAGGUAGAUUGGAAAAAAGUGUUAUGGACAGACAAAUCUGUGUUUGGGGUGUUCAGAUCACAAAGAACAUUCGUGAGACGCAAAAAAAAUAUGAAAAGAUGCUGGAGGAGUGCUUGACGCCAACUAUCAAGCAUGGUGGAGGCAAUUUGAUGGUCUGGGGGUGCUUUGAUGAUGGUAAAGUGGGAGAUUUGUACAGGGUAAAAGGGAUCUUGAAGAAGGAAGGCUAUCACUCCAUUUUGCAACGCCAUGCCAUACCCUGUGGACGGCGCUUAAUUGGAGCCAAUUUCCUCCUACAACAGGACAAUGACCCAAAGCACAGCUCCAAACUUUGCAAGACCUAUUUAGGGUAUUCUGUCUCUAAUGGAGUGGCCAGCAAAGUCACCGGAUCGCAACCCUAUUGAGCUGUUGUGGGAGAAGCUUGACCGUAUGGUACGUAAGAAGUGCCCAUCAAUCCAAUCCAAUUUGUGGGAGGUGCUUCUGGAAGCAUGGGGUGAAAUAUCUUCAGAUUACCUCAACAAAUUGACAACUAGAAUGCCAAAGGUCUGCAAGGCUGUAAUAGCUGAAAAUGGAGGAUUCUUUGACGAAAGCAAAGUUUGAAGGACACAAUUAUUAUUUUAAUUAAAAAUCAUUAUUUAUAACCUUGUCAACGUCUUGACUAUAUUUCCUAUUCAUUUUGCAACUAAUUUCAUGCAUGUUCUCAUGGAAAACAAGGACAUUUCUAAGUGACCACAAACUCUUGAACGGUAGUGUAAGUAUUCAGACCAUUUACUCAGUACUUUCUUGAAGCACCUUUGGCAGAGGUUACAGCCUCGAGUCUUCUCGGGGAUGACACUGCAAGCUUGGCACACCUGUAUUUGGGUAGUUUCUCCCAUUCUUCUCUGCAGAUCCUCUCAAGCUCUUUCAGAUCGGAUGGGGAGUGUCGCUGCACAGCUAUUUUCAGGUCUCUCCAGAGAUGUUUGAUCUGGUUCAAGUCUGGGCUCUGGCUGGGCCACUCAAGGACAUUCAGAGAAUUAUCCCAAAGCCAAUCCCGCGUUGUCUUGGCUCUGUGCUUAGGGUCAUUGUCCUGUUGGAAGGUGAUCCUUCGCCCUAGUCUGAGGUCCUGAGCACUCUGGAGCAGGUUUUCAUCAAGGAUCGUACUGUACUUUGCUCUGUUCAUCUUUCCCUCGAUCCUGACUAGUCUCCCAGUCCCUACCGCUGAAAAACAUUCCCACAGCAUGAUCAAGGAUUCAGUCACAUUUCGGUUAAAUUCGCCGUUUUGAAUACAAAAUAGUUUGCCUUCGUGAUUUGUGUAGAUCCAAUGAGAAACGUUGUAGCGGGGGUGAUGCACGUUUGGAGCAACACUGGCUGUAUCCAAUGCUCAGCCAAUCGUUCACAUAACAACAUACUGCAGCACGCGAUUGAAGAGAGAACCAAUUUGCUAGUUACAGCAUCAGCGCGCGAUCUGGAAAGACAACGGAGAGCGGAACGGCUGCUAUUUUACAGCAGCGCGUCCCCUGACCGAUAACGAAGAGGUAGGUGAGAAGGUGAUGAAGCGUACUUCAUGACCUGUAACCGAAAAACAACUGGCAUUUCGAAAGUUUGAGGUGAGGGAGAACGUGUGGUAGAACAAGUAUUGUUAGCAUUGUUAAGUAUCUUAUUAGCUGGAUCGAAUUCUCUGUUAGCUUGCCAGAGAAAUGGUGAGCAACAUUAGCCAACUUAACUGAUCAAAUCAUUGAGUUUAUGGUGUGAAAAUUAGCUGGCUAAUAAAGUCAGACAGCUAAUGUUAACGGUAGCUAAUGUUACAACAUCAGAUGAGCUAACUUUAGUGACUUAACCAAUUCGCUCUAGUAUUAACUGGUAACGUUAUACAACUUCUUGCCAUUCCUCAAGUUAUAACAUGUUAGUUGCCCACUGGACCCUGGUAAUCUGUGUGAGUAGUUAACUAGCUAACGAACUAACUACUAUCUGUGAACUAAUGUUUUCUCUCUACAGUAUGUAGUUAAUUUUCAGAAUGAGAGAAUUAGGUGAAAAUUAGGCAUUGCUUCAGGCAUUCAGGGAUCAAGUGAAGCUGGAGCUGGGCCUGGCUUAAGCUGGAUGCCACUAUAGAGGUGAAAGGAACACCACACACUUUCCUUCUUUCUCAUUUUUUCAAUACAGUGGAUAAAAAGUGGUAAGUACUCUCUGCCUGAAAGAGCUCACUUCUGCCAACAAAGAGUAUCAUGCUCUGCUGACACAUUGUAGAACAGAUGUCCACAGGCAGAACGUGUACAAUGUAGUAAUGUACAGUGUAGCCCAAGAUAUUGCUUUUGUUGUGUUGAACUUGACAGUAACACUUGUGUGUAGGUGAGGGGGGAUUAUUCGGUCAUGGCCGGCUGCAACAGAGCCUGGACCCGAACCAGGAUCUCUAGACCACUUCGCCACUCGGGAGGCUGCUUUCUGUUCCUUUUUUUGAAAAUCUGUGAGUUAGGUUCACAUUAACCACUUUUUAUUUUACACACAGAGACUGAUCAUGUAGAUCAUAUUAUUUGUUGUUUAAUUAGUUAAAACCUGCAUUUCCCCCUACCAGGGAUUUAAAAAAAAAAUGUUUCAGUGCCAAAAAGAAAGUGUCACUUUUUUGGGCCCUUAACCGGUUUGCUUCCAUGCAUGAUGCUGCCACCACCACCUUGCUUCACCGUAGGGAUGGUGCCAGGUUUCCUCCAGAUGUGACGCUUGGCAUUCAGGCAUAAGAGUUCAAUCUUGUUUCAUCAAACCAGAGAAUCCUGUUUCUCCUGGUCUGAAUCCUUUAGGUGCCUUUUGGCAAAUUCCAAGCAGGCUGUCAUUUGCCUUUCACUGAGGAGUGGCUUCCGUCUGGCUGCAGAGAUUGUUGUCCUUCUGGAAGGUUUUCCCAUCUCCACAAAGGAACUCUGGUGCUCUGUCAGAGUGACCACCGGGUUCUUGGUCACCUGCCUGACCAAUUCCCUUCUCCCCCAAUUGCUCAGUUUGGCCGGGCGACUAGGUCUAAGAAGAGUCUUGGUGGUUCCAAAAUUCUUCAAUUUAAGAAUGAUGGCGAUCACUGUGUUCUUGGGGACCUUCAAUGCUGCAUACAUGUUUCGGUACCCUUCCCCAGAUUUGUGCCUCGACCCGAUCCUGUUUCUGAGCUCUGAGGACAAUUUCUAUGCCCUAAUGGCUUGGUUUUUGCUAUGACAUGCGCUGUCAACUGUGGGACCUUAUAUAAACAGGUGUGUGCCUUUCCAAAUCAUGUCCAAUCAAUUGAAUUUACCACAAGUGGACUCCAUUCGAGUUGUAGAAACAUCUCAAGGAUGAUCAAUGGAAACAGGAUGCACCUGAGCUCAAUUUUGAGUCUCAUAGCAAAGGGUCUGAAUACUUAUGUAAAUACGGUAUUUCUGUUUUAUUUUUCAUAAAUUUGCAAAAAAUAUCUAUAAAAAUAACUGUUUUUGCUUUUUCAUUAUGGGGUAUUGUGUGUAGAUUGACUAUAAAAAAUUGUUUCAUCCAGUUUAGAAUAAGACUGUAAUGUAACAAAAUGUGGAAAAAGUCAAGGGGUCUGAAUAGUUUCAGGAUGUACUGUAUAUACUGAACAAAAAUAUGAAUGCAACAUGUAACAAUUUCAAUUUUUUACUGAGUUACAGUUCAUAAGGAAAUCAGUAUAUUUCAAUAAAUUAGGCCCUAAUCUAUGAAUUUCACAUGAUUGGGAAGGGGCGCAGCCAUGCGUUGGCCUGGGAAGCCAUAAGCCCACCUACUUGGGAGCGAGGCCCACCCACUGGGGAGUCAGGCCCAAGCCCAGCCAAUCAGAAAGAGUUUUUCCCCACAAAAGCGUUUUUUUAAAGACAGAAACACUCCUCAGUUUUAUCAGCUGUCUGGAUAUGCCAGAUGUCCCUGGCUGGCGUGGUUACACGUAGUCAGCAGUUGUGAGGCCGGUUUGAUGUACUGCCAAUAUUUUUUAAACAGCGUUGGAGGCGGCUUAUGGUAGAGAAAUUAACAUUAAAUUCUCUGGCAACAGCUCUGGUGGACAUUCUUGCAGUCAGCAUGCCAAUUGCACCCUCCCUCAAAACUUGAAACAUCUGUGGCAUUGUGUUGUGUGACAAAACUGCAUAUUUUAGAGUGGCCUUUUAUUGUCCCCAGCACAAAGUGCACCUGUGUAAUGAUCAUGUUUUUUAAUCAGCUUCUUGAUAUGCCACACAAGUCAGAUGGAUGGAUUAUCUUGGCAAAGAAGGCAUGUUCACUAACAGGGAUGUAAACAUAUUGGUAUAUUGGUGCACAUAAUUUGAGUGAAAAAAGCUUUUUGUGCAUAUGGAAAAAUUCUGCCAUCUUUUAUUUCAGUUCAUGAAACAUGGGACCAACACUUAACAUGUUGCGCUUAUUUUUGUUCAGUAUAGAAUUCCAUAAAGACUGCUUCACCAACAGCCACAUUAUGAAAACAUGUAUUGCUUAUGGUCCCUCUAUCGAAGUGUACUGAAAGCCAAUGCAAUAUACUUAAAAAAAAUCUGCACUGCAAUAUAUGCAAAAUAUCACAUCAUAUUGUUUGUGGCAAUAAUGUUUACGCUCACAAGUUUAAAAAUGUUUACAUACUAUAAAUAAUCUAUAGACUG